AUGGCCGAAAGCCACAGGUUCUUUCUAAAAGACAAAAAGCAAGAUACUGGCGUGGAGAUGGAGUACCCGAGAAGAGGCAAAGAAACGCAGCAUCUGAAACUUAUCCUAUGGUCUGGCCAAAUCGAACCGCAUAUGUUUAAAGUAUGUUUAAGAUCGGACAGAUUCAAAAGGGUUGAAUUGGGAGUAGAGCCAGUACUGAAGCCGAUUGAACAGAAUCUCUGA